AAGCUUCAACUCUGGAGGCAAUGGGCCGAAAAGAAGAGGAUGACUGCAGUUCUUGGAAGAAGCAGACGACCAACAUCCGGAAAACUUUCAUCUUCAUGGAAGCACUUGGAUCAGGAGCUUUUUCAGAAGUUUUCCUGGUGAAGCAAAGGGUAUCUGGGAAGCUGUUUGCUCUGAAAUGUAUCAAAAAAUCUCCUGCCUUCCGGGAUAGCAGCCUGGAAAAUGAAAUUGCAGUAUUGAAAAAGAUCAAGCAUGAAAACAUCGUAACCCUAGAAGAUAUCUACGAGAGUUCCACUCACUACUACCUGGUCAUGCAAUUAGUUUCUGGGGGAGAGCUGUUCGACCGGAUUCUGGAGCGAGGAGUUUACACUGAGAAGGAUGCCAGCCUGGUGAUUCAGCAGGUCCUAUCAGCAGUGAAAUACCUCCAUGAGAAUGGCAUUGUACACAGAGACUUAAAGCCUGAAAACCUGCUCUACCUCACCCCUGAUGAGAACUCCAAGAUCAUGAUCACAGACUUUGGUCUAUCCAAGAUGGAGCAGAGCGGUGUGAUGUCCACAGCCUGCGGGACUCCUGGCUAUGUGGCUCCUGAGGUAUUAGCUCAGAAGCCAUACAGCAAGGCUGUGGAUUGCUGGUCCAUCGGCGUCAUCACCUACAUUUUGCUGUGCGGCUACCCCCCUUUCUACGAGGAAACAGAAUCCAAGUUGUUUGAGAAGAUCAAGGAAGGUUAUUAUGAGUUUGAGUCUCCGUUCUGGGAUGACAUUUCUGAGUCUGCCAAAGAUUUCAUUUGUCACUUGCUGGAAAAGGAUCCCAAUGAGAGAUACAGCUGUGAGAAGGCCCUGAGUCACCCCUGGAUUGAUGGCAACACCGCCCUUCACCGGGACAUCUACCCAUCUGUCAGCCUCCAGAUCCAGAAAAAUUUCGCCAAGAGCAAAUGGAGGCAAGCCUUCAAUGCUGCCGCAGUGGUACAUCACAUGAGAAAACUACACAUGAGCCAGCACGCCUCGGAGGCCCGCCGAGAGUCAGAGGGAGUCCGACCCAGCCCCAUGCAGGCAUCGGAGCUCUCCAGGUCCAGCACCCCUGUGAUCAGCAUCCCCAAGGCCCCUCCUGUGGAAGAGAAGCUGGCAGCUCCCAUACCCAACUGGCUCCCCUGCCAGCACGGCCCCUAUCACCCCACCCUAGACAGCACUGUUUCUGAGAGCAGAUCCGUCAAUUGCCUGAUCAGUGGCUCCCUACAGAUCAGCAGCAGCCUGGUUCCCAUGCACCAGGGGUCCCUGAGCAGAGGGCCCUGUGGCUGCUGCUCCAGCUGCCUAAACAGUGGGGAGAAAGGAAAGGCAUCCUUUGGCUCAGAACCAGCACUCCUCAAAAAGGCCAACAAAAAACAGCAUUUCAAAUCAGAGGUCAUGGUCCCCGUUAAAACCAGUAACCACUCUCACUGCCGUUCUGGGCAGACUGGAGUCUGUCUGAUCAUGUGAUCCAUGGUGCCACUGUCUCGUGUCUCACUUUUUUUUCUGAAAGAUAUGGGACUGUCCUCUGCACCUCCAGACCAGAAAACCACCCUGCAGAGGAAGGGAGGGGGAGCAAGCCCAAAGGGCCCUCAGGAAAACAGCAGCAGGGCCUGGCAGGAGGCAUUUUCUGGUGACAAAGCAGCAGACUGGGUGGUCAGGAGCCGAGGGCCGCCACGAGCAAGCUGCACAGAGGAAAGGUCUCUGGUGAGGUGAUGGGCAGGUGAAGAGGAUCCUCUGACUUCCAGAUCUCCCUAAUGUGAUUGCCCCCUGCGCCUCCAGCCUCCACCGCCUAUCACUCUCUCUUCGGUGUACAUAGAUUGCUCUUCUCACAGCUCCAUGUGAAAAGCUGAACCGGUUGGCUGAGUUCUGGCAUCUCUCUUGACAAAGCCAUAAGGACCAUCCAUCCCCCUGUGCUCCCCUGAUGCCACCCACAUGCUCCCAAUACGACCUCCUGGGCCUUCACCCUGGUGAGCUCCAUUCUGCUGACCCUUGUUACAUAACUGUGUGCAAGCAUGAAUGUUCUUCUUCCUGUCUCCCUAGCAGAUUUUUAGAACAGGCCAACUUUCUCCCAGGAUUAUUUCAGAAGUAUUUCCUUUCCCCACCCCCACUCAGUAAUGAAUGUGAUACGACACACUCCAAAGCCUGAGAUGAAUUACUAAUUAACCUCUGUGUGAGGAUUACCUUCCCAAUUCCCCCCCCACCCCCAUUAAUACAUAAAACUGAGAACUAUUUUUUCGUUUCAGCCAAUAAAGAUCUAGCCCCUCUCUCCCUGAAAGUUCCUCUCCAAUUCUCAUUCCUCCUCCAGGUUAUAGCUCCACCCUUUCAGUCUUCUCUCUGUGCUGUGCUUAAUAAAAUGGACAUAUUUUCUCUAC